UUUUCAAUCGAGUUAAAUUCUUAUCUAAUAACAACUGUGAUAUUUUUAGCGGCCGCUUGAAAGCAAUAAAGAAUGCGUCAAAGUCAUUCCCAAAAACUUUCACAAAAAUGAAGCAUUAAUAUUAAAUUACGACUAUUUUUUCCUUACCAGUAAUUGUCGAAAGUGGCGUGAGUACGACGGACUUCUAAAACAAAGUGGCGAUUUUGAUUCGAGGCAAUGGAAAAGAGGGGAAAAUGGGCGUUAACGAAAUGUUCAGAAAGCACGCGAUUGGUUGAAAGCAUACGUGCAUCAUCACUCUAACGCCGUCCUUGCUUGAUGACGUUGUUAUAAAUUUAGCGCGAACUUCGAAGUGCUAAAGCUAAAGCGCCUUGCUAAAGCUAUCAAGAGUUUGUGACCGGAUUUGGAUGAUGAGCGUUUAUUGUUUCCUUAGUUUAACAUAAAUUCGAACUGUCAUGGGCAGAAACGGCGUCAAUUUGACCUUAACUCUUGAAGUAAUGUUUUCUAGUUGUGAGUUUUUUUGUAUUGUUUACGGAAGCUUUCUUAGAAUUCGGUGCCUGUGUCUCAUGUAAACGACUUUAAGUUUAACAUUAAAAUAAGAAUAGGGUUCAAGAAUAGCAUUUGAAGAGAUAAAUGCAGUUCUUACACCGAAAUUAACAGCCUCCCACCCACCUGCAACUACUAAUUCGCCAUGUCAAGUGGUAAAGAUUUUGUGGAGGCCAUGGCUCGCCUGGGCUAUCCUGGUGCAUCCGCACUGGAGGCCUCAGAAUUUGACUGGCUCUUCACCGGUCUGCCGGAAAACCGUCUCUUCUUGGACUUUAUCUGUCAGGGACUGAGCCAACGCAAUGUUUUGACCCCUGAGGAGGUGCAGGCUUUCGAUGAGCUCCAAAAGUCUGGCAAGCCCAUUCUGGAUCAAGAAAACUUGGAUAAGCUCCUCAAAAACGUCAGCGCUUCGGAAGCCAAUCACCCGGCCGUGGACGGAAAGAUUGUAGAAGAUUUAGAAGCGGAGCUGAAGGCCCUGCGCAAGGAGAAAAAGCAGAAGCAGAAACGUUUGGAGAAGCUGGAGGCCGCGGUCGCUUCUCGCGCGGACGUCGAAGCCAGUCUCUCCUCAAAACUAGAUGGCGUUUCGUCCCGACUGAAGGAAGCCAAAGCUUUCCUCGGAGCAGAAAACGCCAGUACUAACGCCGGGCUGAAAAGCAUGGCGGACGAGACUGGCGAGCUAACGUCGUGCCUUCUUACGCGCGAUCUUAUAGAUGAGCACUUCACUAAAACACUCUCGGCUUUAGUCAGAAAGCACUUUUUUGGGGACGUUGUUGAACAGGUGCAGGAAUUCGGCUCUAGUGAAGAUAAAGAAAAAAAAGUGGAGGAAGUGAGAACCAUCUUGGCUAAACUUGAGCAGUUGCACAUUGUGGCGCUGCAUCAGCUGAUUGAAGCCGCCGCGGAGGAGAAAAGUUUGGAGGCCGGGCUCGACUGGCUUACUAACAAGUCGAUGAAAAUCCAGUGCACUGACAACUCGUCAUCCCUUGAAAUGUACAAGACUGACUUCGAGAAGGAAUUGCGAGCGGUGGAGGCGGAGAUCGAGGCUCUGCGCCACGGACCGCUGCCUAUCGCCCUUCGGAAGUCCGCCAAGCUGUUCACUGUGCCAUUGGUGAAGGCAGACCAAGCCAUGCACCUGGCCAGGCAGGACUACUCAACAUUGCGAAAGAAUCAGCUACGUGACAAACUACUCCACCAGAAGGCAGCUUUCGACAUCCUUCACUUGAACCAGCAGGUGGUGUUUAGGAAGUGGAGAGAGUUCCUGAAGCAUCUCGGCGACGUGAACAGCAGGCUGGUCAAAGAAAGUGAAGAUGCGUCCCUUAGAUUGGAAGCCCUAAAACAUCAUGAUCUAGCGUUAAACGUGACGCCCAGUCCCAUCGUCGGCAGCAGGGACGCCACGUUUAAGAGACUCGCAGAGAUCCUCGACCGUGAGUCUUCCAGUGGGAGGUUGGAGCCUUUUUGGACCUACGAGGCAGUGGAGCAGGCUGCCGGCGACCUGUCGAGCAACCUCCAGGCGGCCCGCGAAGCGCUAGCGGCGGCCGGCCAAGAGCGUGGCGCCGCCGUGGCAGAACUUCAAGACCACGGCGAGGCCCUCGACGAGGCGUUGACCACAGAGUUGCAGCAACUGGUCUUAGGACCGCAGCUGUGUCUUAAAGCCAUUGCUGGCCAGGAGCUGCUCUGCCCCAAUGCAAAGGAAUUGAAGGAAAAACUCUCAGAAGCCGAUUCACAGCUGCAGCGUUUGCUGAAGUCCAUUCAAGAUAUUUCGGGCGACAUCAACGCCAAGCGCUCGCAGUUGGCGCGAGAUCCACACCUCGUGUUUGAGAGGGAAGUGUACGCCUACUUCCACUCGAAUAUUGCAGUCUUACAGAAAGUUGUGGAGGAUCUGGAGCGCAAACAGAAGCUGACAAGAGGGAAACCGUAACGCCGUUGGAUGGAUUUAGCUCGAGUUGCUAGUUCUAUUAAACAGAAAAAUUAUCCUUGUUUGAAUGUGAUUGUUCUUGAUUUAAAAAAUGUCUUCUAACUAAUAAAGAUCUCGUUCUGUGUUCGCAA